AUGUUUCAAAGAAGAGGAUCUCAAUUAUGCAUUGUUUUAGCCAUCGUAUUCUGCGUGGCUGCAAAACCUCCUCCUGGAGUUGGAUCAACAUGGGCCAGUUAUGCUGGAAAACCAGUGGCCUCUAGAGCUUUGGGUCUACCACCAAUUUCUGGAAUCGGGACGAUAAAUAUCCCCUACAUGCCAAAAUCACCAAUAUUUCCCAAAUUCGUUGAUCCGAAAAUGAUGAUUUCCAAAAAGACAGAUCUUUUGAGUAAUCUUUUCGGUGGCCUAGGUCCGAUCGAUGGUUCUGGAUCUGCGGGAGAUUCAUCUUACUAUUCUACACCAGGAGCAACGAACACAUUUGGAAAAACAAGCACGACUCCAGAUAAUACCGUUCCCUAUAAACGAGGAAUUUUUGGUCCCAUGGCUUCUCCUUUCGCCUCUAUGGGCCCCAUGGGAAUGGGACCAGUGUUCAACCCCAUGGCUGGAAAAUUUUCACCGAUGGGUCUCAAGUUCCCCUUUGGAGGUCUCGGAUCCACUGACCCAGACAGCUACGAUUCAUCAGACUCUCUUUCCAGAAGAAAAAGAAGCGCAAUUUCUUCCACGUCAACCGCAGAGAUGGAAAAUUUCCUCAAAAGCAUAUCCUCAGAACCAACACCGGAAACCUCCACUAAAGACGCGGGCCCUCCCCCUCCAUAUCCCGGACUUGCGCCAAUUUCUGAAGAACCUGAAGGCACAGAAGCGAAAACACCUCUUCUAAAAUUAUUCGGACCUCCAGCUGGUGUGACUGGAUUUAGGCCAGGAUUUGCUCCUGGUCCUUUUGCACCAGGUCCAUUUGCAGCCAAUCCUUUCGUACCAGUAGUCGGCCCUGGAAUGUUCAUGGCCAAAAAAUCUGCUUUUUUGGACACGCUUUUUAAAAAUCUUGCCACCACGACUCCAACUCCUGAGGUGACUGAUACUCCAAUUCCAAAAAAAAUCUUUCGGUCUAAAAUGUUAUACCAUUUACGAAUCGUUUCCGAUUUCUUGGACAAACUUUUCGACAGUCUAGCUCUGAACAUGACUCUAAAUUCUACAACUCCUGAUGAUGUUGGUGCAGCAACCACUAAAGUCGCCAGGUCAGUCGAUGAUUUAACGACGAUCUCAGCAGCCAAAGACGCGAUCGUAGACUCCAUUCUCUCAGAACUUGGAGACAUAAAAGGCAGCAUGGUUUCAACCUUAAAUGAUCUCAUCACCUACGAAAAAACAGUUGCUGCUGCUUCUGCACCUAAAAAGCCUUUCAAGCCCUUCAAACCUUUUCCUCCGGCACCAACUGUUGAUGCUGCUUUACCUUUCCAGCAAAGAAUGUCUGUUCUUAGUCAAGUGUUCGAUAUGUUGACGGAAUUGCAGAGAAAUAUAACAACCGCUGUCCAAGAAACUGUCAAACCUAAAGCUGCUUCUGCUGAUGAAUUAGAUGUUUCUGAUUUUGGUCCUUAUUAUCCUGGGGGAUCAUAUUCCAGAUUUCCGGAUUCGACACCAGUUGUAAACAUGACCCUCCUGGAUGCGAUAAAAAGCAAACUUUCAAGCAUCCCUGUUCCUUCAGCAGCUCCUUCCUCAGGAUAUGGACUCGCUCCAAAGAAGGUUGCUAGGAUAGUACCGAAUACUCCAACUUCAGUCUGGGUUUCUUAUCCACCAAGUGAUGCUGCUUCUUUGAAAAGAGAAGUUGAUGAUGGAGAUGAUUACCCAUUGUCUGAAAAUCACUCAAACAGCAAUCAGUACGCAAGGGCUGUGAAUAUGCAAAUGCAUCAGGGAUAUCAAAGCAUGCCACCUGGAAUUGUAGAAACUGUUCAAGCUGGAGGCGGUUCUGUUCCUGGUAACCAGGUAGGAGUAAUCAAAUUGUUUGAUUCAAAGAACUACGAAGACAUUGGGAGCCAGUGGGCUGAUUGGGCCGAAAAUAUAAAAAACCAGUACAAAAGUAACAACAGGCACCAUCACAAUCAUCACUAGAUCCAUGCGAGCAGGGUAAUAAUUAAAUUAUUCCUUUCGACUUUAAAAUCUGGUAUCCAAAUCUCGAAUUAAAUUUGUACACUAUGAAUAAAAAGAUAUAACGAG